AUGGCAUCAACAACUCAGAUCCCGACCAUCCCACCGACCAUCCCACCGACCAUGCGCGCGUGGGUGCGCUCACAGCGCGGGCCUGCUUCUACCUCGCUGAACCUUGUUUCCGACUAUCCCACGCCCGCCAUACCCACAGCCUCAUCAUCCGACGUUCUGAUCCGCGUGUCACACGUGUCAUUACAGUUCAGUAGUGAGAUGAUGAUGAAAGUACUGCCAAGUUUGCCCUUCACCAGUCCCUGGGUGCCAGAGAUUGAGUUAUCUGGUGAGGUGGUGGCAGCUGGCGGUAAUACACCGGCAGAACUGCGCAAUCUGGGCUCACAUGUUGUCGCUUUUGAGAAGGUUCCUAGCGCUAUAUUAAUGGGCCGCGGCGUACUGGCAGAAUACGUUCGACUGCCCGCCUGUCAGGUCGCACACAUCGACGAGGACGUUGAUAUGGCGUCGGCCUCUGGCAUUAGCGGGUCCGGUAGCACCGCGCUCAAGAUAAUCCGCACAGCGGGUGUGCGUGAGGGUCACUCUGUGCUCGUCAAUGGGGCUAGUGGAUCGGUCGGGUCGGUUCUUGUGCAGCUUUGCAAGCUACGUGGAGCAAAUGUUGUCGGUAUAGCCAGCGGGGGUAAUGAGUCCAUGGUUCGGGAUCUGGGCGUAGAUGAGUUUAUUGACUAUCGUAAACAUGACCAGCUGCCGGCUUACCUAGCACAUCAUUACAGUGACAGGCCGUUUGACUUUGUGCUCGACUGCGUCGGCACGCAGGCACUUUUUGCCAGCUCACCAGUUUAUCUUAAGCCCGGUGGAGCUGUGAUCAAUAUCGGCAUGUUUGAGGGUAUUUUAGCGUUGGCUCGCAAUGUACUGCUUAAUAGCUGGCUACCAACAUGGCUGGGUGGCGUGCCGCGCCGCUAUAUCAUGUUCAGCACGCCGCCGGCGUGUGAUGAUGUAAUAUAUCUGGCACGUUUGAUUGAGGAGGGGCGAGUGCGUAUCCCUGUCGACUCUGUCUUCAAUAUGCAGGACGCCGUGGGUGCUUACGAGCGCAUCGCUACCAAACGUGCGCGUGGCAAGGUUGUGGUGAAAGUACACGACAGCUAG